CACUGGAUCUGUGCCGUGCCAGAAGUGAUGACAUCUCCUCCACAAGCCAGACCCAGCAGUGGCAUAAAGCCAGGGGCUGAAGUCGUAGCAAAGAGAUGCGGACACAGCAAACCAGCGAACAAUAGGCCAUUCAUGAUGCCCUGCAAUGCAAUGAUGAUCCUGCUCUGCCCUCCACCCCUCCCUCCACCCUGCACCAGCCUCCACAGCUGCACAGGAAUGUGGUCCAACAAGUUACCCGCUCCCCUCCGCCUCCUCCCCUCUUCCCAGCCGCCACCACCACCACCACCACCACCACCAUCGCUACCACCGCACACCACCUCACCAGUGCUGCCGCCAUCGCAACCGAAGCCCCUCUCUCCUCAAAUAAAAGGCAAGAAACUAUAGAGGGGGGAAACUCUGCAGACGGAGCACAAAGAGAGGAUUCAUGCUCGGUCACAUACACUCCCAGAGAAAAAAGAGGGGGACCCAUUUAAGUGUGGUGCAGCUGCACUAAUUUACUGAGUGAAAAUGGGUGAAAAAAGGAGUGGCAGAGGUCAGAUAGCAGAAUCAUUUUUUAUUCAUCCCCAUGGACGGCGUGUCACUGCAUCAUCCACGCUCACAAAGCGUGCACGACGGAGAGAAAUGCAGUGAUGAAACACCUGGAGCACCAAAAACACCCAUGACCUGCUCAGAGUCCCAGCACGACCUUUCUCUGUCAUACAUCCACGUGUAAAUACUCCAGACAACAUCUCGUCCUUACGUUACAGAGUCACGAGUUGCUGCGUGAUCCUCGGCUAUCGUCGCUCA